AGCCAGGGACUGCAGAUAAAAGAAAGAACUCCGCGGACCAGCGAUUAGAAAACGAAAACGAUGAUGGCGGCCGCCGCCGCCGCCGCCCCCGCCCCCGCCGCCCUAAUCCGCGGUCGCUACGCCGCGCGUCUCCUCGUCCUCCACCGCCGCGCCCGGAACCCUAAAACCCCUCCCUGUAGAUCCCCCGCCUCUCUCCACCCCCUCCCUCGCUCUCCUCCCUCUCCUCCUCCGCUCAUCCCCAACGCCGCUUCUUCGAGGUGGAGGUGGAGGUGGAGGUGGAGGCUCUUCUGCAGCGGCACCCUCGCCGCCGACGCCGAUGCGGCGCCGGCGGAGGGAGGGGAGGGCGUGCGCGAGUUCCGGAGGCGGCUGAGAAUAGCGGACGUGAAGGGCGGGGCGAGCGAGGGGUUGGAGUGGUUGGGGAAGGAGCUCGCGAUCAGGGGAUGGGUCCGGACUUGUCGGGUGCAGAGUAGCGUCACGUUUAUCGAGGUAAAUGAUGGUUCUUGUCUCUCCAAUAUGCAAUGUGUAAUGACCCCUGAUGCUGAAGGCCAUGACCAGGUGGAAUUAGGAACUGUCACAACUGGGGCAUCUGUACUAGUAGAGGGAGUUGUGGUUAGCAGUCAAGGUGCUAAGCAGAAAGUGGAACUGAAGGUAGCAAGGCUUGUCAUGAUUGGGAAAUGUGACCCGUUGACGUAUCCUAUACAAAAGAAAAGAGCAAGCAGAGAAUUUUUGAGAAGCAUAGCUCAUCUUCGUCCUCGAACAAAUACAUUCGGCUCAGUCACAAGAGUGAGGAAUGCAUUGGCUUAUGCAACUCACAAAUUUUUCCAAGAAAAUGGAUUUGUUUGGAUCUCUAGCCCAAUUAUCACUGCUUCAGAUUGUGAAGGAGCGGGAGAACAAUUCUGUGUUACUACUUUGAUGUCAAACGCUCAUGAAAGUAAUGAUUGCCCAAUAAGUACCAUUCCUACUACUAAGGAUGGUAAAGUUGAUUGGUCACAGGAUUUCUUUGGGAAACCCGCAUUCUUGACAGUGUCUGGCCAACUAAAUGCUGAAACAUACGCAUCUUCUCUUUCUGAUGUAUACACAUUUGGUCCUACAUUCAGAGCAGAAAAUUCUAACACCUCAAGACAUCUAGCUGAAUUUUGGAUGAUUGAACCUGAGCUUGCCUUCGCCGAUCUGAAUGAUGACAUGGCCUGUGCAACUGCCUAUCUCCAGUAUGUAGUAAAAUUUGUUCUAGAAAACUGCAAAGAAGAUAUGGAUUUCUUUAAUACAUGGAUUGAGAAAGGAAUAAUAGACAGAUUAAAUAAUGUGGCUGAGAAAAAUUUUGUUCAGCUGACAUAUUCGGAUGCAAUUGAGCUACUUCUUAGAGCAAAAAGAAAAUUUGACUUCCCAGUGAAGUGGGGAUUGGAUUUGCAAAGUGAGCAUGAAAGAUACAUCACGGAGAUUGCUUUUGGCGGGCGACCAGUAAUUAUCAGAGAUUAUCCAAAGGAAAUUAAAGCUUUCUAUAUGAGGCAAAAUGAUGAUGGGAAGACAGUCGCUGCUAUGGAUCUGUUGGUUCCUAGGGUUGGUGAGCUUAUUGGUGGAAGCCAAAGAGAAGAGCGUCUUGAUUAUCUGGAAGCUCGAUUGGACGAGUUGAAUCUCAACAAGGAAAACUACUGGUGGUACCUUGAUCUUCGACGCUUUGGCUCAGUUCCUCAUGCUGGUUUUGGCCUGGGAUUCGAACGACUUGUACAGUUUGCAACCGGAAUUGAGAAUAUAAGGGAUGCAAUUCCUUUCCCUCGGACUCCUGGUUCCGCGGAAUUUUAAUACCAAGAACCAUUAAAAAGAAAAAAAAAAAAAAAAGUAUUCUUUCCUGGUAUAAGAUCACUGAGAUGUUUAAGUGGUAAUAUAUUUACUGAUUUAUUCCUGUAAAUCAUGCUAAACAAACAGGUGUAAAUCUUUUCAGCGGGACAUAUCGAAGUUGUCACAAGCAAACAUUUAGGCCAAAUUUUUGUCAAAUGAAGCAUGUCACCAUUAAUGAUUUUGCAAAGCAUCUUUAGUA